AUGGUUCAAGAACUAACGAAAGUGGUUGAAAUGACUCCUUCUGCUUCUAUUGAAAAUUUGUCAGUGGAGCCAAAAAAAGAGCCAGCAGCAGUUCAAAAAUUCACUGAAAAAAAAGUUGAAAAAAUGGCUUAUCGAGGAGAAUUAAGUUCGAUGGAUGGAAUUGGAUACAAUUUUGAGAAUAUUGAUUUGUCGCCUUUGCCAAAGUUCCACGAAAUUGAGAAUUUUCCAGAUUGCAAUUUAUCAUUUGAUAAAUUAAAACCGAAAACAAGUCCUGAGAAAUUAUUAAAAGGAUUUCAUGAUUGUGUUGAUCCAAUAUUCGAAAAUCAACUGAAUAAAUUGAAUGCCACUGAUUUUUCAUACAAAAUCUGUAGUGCCAUCGAAAAAUGCGAUCAUAUUUCGGAACUUCAAAAUGUUGCUAUUGAAGAGUUCAAGAAUGAUCAUGAAACCAAGUGGGGAAUUUUGCCGAAUUGUGUGAGUUUUUUAAAAUUGAGAUGUAUUUUGUAGACCGGGUACUGUAAUUUAAUGUAGGAGAUUACUUUGUAGUUUGUUUCUAGCUAGAUUUCAAUUUGCAGUUUUAGUACUGUAGUCUUGUAGUUAGAGGUUUUUAGUCCCACUGAAUCCAUAAAAUUUUACGGGUAUUCAAAAAUUGCAUGGGGAAAUUAUUGCGAAAUGAAAAAAUGUUGUUCAGAAAGAGGAAAAUAUGAUGGUAACAUUGGGAAUCGGACAUGAUGUGAAAGCUGAAGUUCUGCUUCAUCGAACUCUUCCGAACACUAAAUUCUACGGGGCUGAUCCAAUAAUCGAGCCAAAUCUUCAACUUUACUCAACUUUCGGAAAGUUUUUCCCAUUUGCCCUUGGAAAUCAAGCAGGGAUGAAUAGAUUCCGUGUUUUACCAAAUCAAAAUCAGAAAACAAGAAAAUACACAUAUCAAGAUGUAACUACAAUUGAGCUAACAUAUUUUCUUAAAGAUAUUGCAAAUUUAACGCAAAUUGAUUUUCUAUGGAUUGAUAUUGAGGGAGGAGAAUUGACAUUUUUGAAUUUUUUGAAUAAAGGAAAACAAUUGGAUCAAGCUGGAAUCACGAUUUGUCAAUUUAAUAUUGAGGUAAGGUUCAAGGUUCUAUAAAAUUUAUCUCACACAAAAAUUAACUUUUUCAGCUUCACCCUGUUUUUUUUGACAAGGGAUAUGAGGCUGUAUACAAUUUUAUGAAUAAAGUUCUCGGAGAAAAUCGAUAUAUUUUUCUGAAACCUAUGGAGACUGGAAAAGGAGUUUAUCGAUUGUUUUUCAUUAAUGUUGAGGAUCAAAAAUGUGUUAGGAAAUUUUUGCAAUGA